AUGUCUUCUGCACUAUCACUCCGUAGCAUUCUUGAUGCUAACAAGUUGACUGGUCCCAAUUUUGCUGAUUGGCUUCGUAACUUGAGAAUUGUUCUCAAGUCUGAGAAGUUGGACCAUGUGAUUAACUCACCACUGCCUAAGGCCCCUGUUGAUGAUGCACCUUAUGAUGAGCAUCAAGCUCAUCGCUCGUGGAUGGAUGAGGCAAAUGUUGCCCAGUGUAUUAUGUUGGCCUCCAUGAACUCUGAGCUUCAGAAGCAACAUGAGUACAUGGAUGCUUACACUAUACUGAUUCAUCUACAAGAGUUGUAUCAUGUUGAGGGGAGGACAGCUCGAUAUGAGAUAUCGAAAGAGCUGUUCCGUUGUAAAAUGGCAGAGGGGACAUCUGUGAAUGACCAUGUGCUCAAGAUGAUCAAUUUGAUUGAACGUUUAGGACAACUUGGUUUUGUCAUGGAUGGGGAGCUAAGCCAAGACUUGGUCUUGCAAUCGCUUCCAGAUUCGUUCUCGCAAUUUGUUGUGAACUUUCACAUGAAUAAGAUGGAUGUUAGCUUGCCUUAA